UGUUAUCCAACAGGAGCAAUAUAACAUCGUUACUGAUGAUAAAGAGCAGUUUAUAGUUUGUCAGACACAGGCUUAACAUCGAGAGAACAAGACUUUACUGUAUGGGAACUCUCUUCUGAGUUGUCGAGUCAUCGAAUUCAAAAAGAUGGAACUGUCAAGAACAGAUCUUGAGAAUGGAGAGUCUAAUGUGCAGGGUUUCAGGACCAGUCCACAGGGUGCCACUGUCAGUUUCCAUAACAUACAUUAUAAGGUGAACACCAAAAGUGGAUUCUGCUGCAAGAGGAAAACUGCCACCAAAGACAUUCUUGUUGACCUCAAUGGGAUCAUGCGACCAGGCCUAAAUGCAAUACUAGGAGCCACAGGGAGUGGGAAAUCAUCAUUUUUAGACGUGUUGGCAGCGAGGAAAGACCCAGCUGGGUUGUCUGGAGAAGUUCUGAUAGAUGGAGCUCCACAACCUCCCAAUUUCAAAUGCCUCUCAGGAUACGUGGUCCAGGAUGAUAUCGUCAUGGGAACGUUGACAGUGCGGGAAAACUUCCGGUUCUCGGCUGCGUUGCGUCUGCCGAUGUCAGUUAGUCAGAAGGAGAAGGAAGAGAAGGUGGAGAGACUCAUUAAAGAGCUUGGCCUGACUAAGGUGGCCGACUCACGGGUGGGAACCCAGCUGAUUCGUGGGAUUUCGGGCGGUGAGAGGAAGAGGACUAACAUUGGAAUGGAGCUGAUUGUAGACCCAUCAGUCCUCUUCCUGGAUGAGCCAACCACGGGACUGGAUGCCAGCACUGCCAACUCUGUCCUCACGCUGCUAAAGAAGAUGUCACAACAUGGUCGGACAAUCAUCAUGUCCAUUCACCAGCCGCGCUACUCCAUCUACCGUCUGUUUGACAGCCUGACACUGCUGGUGAAUGGCAAACAGGUCUACCAUGGCCCUGCUCAGACUGCACUGGACUACUUCAGUGACAUCGGAUACACCUGUGAGGCCCAUAACAACCCUGCUGAUUUCUUCCUGGAUGUGAUCAAUGGGGACUCUACUGCUGUCGCUGUCAGCAAAACGCAAGGCAGUGGAGAACUGGAUCUAGAGGAGCUUAACUCAUCCAGACAGAGUAUUGAGCAGCGUUUGGUGGAGGAGUAUAAGAACUGCACUCACUAUCGUCAAACCCAGGCUGAGCUGGCAAAGAUCAUGCAUGGCCGACAGCACAGCGAGCGACCCAAAUCACGCUCCAUCACUUACAACACCUCCUUUGGCCACCAGUUCAAAUGGGUCUUAAAGAGAACCUUCCGGAACCUCAUGCUCAACCCGCAGACGUCCAUUGCCCAGAUUGGAGUCACCAUUUUCUUAGCCCUGAUUGUUGGAGCAAUAUUUUUCGGCGUUAAAGAUGAUCAAAGUGGUAUACAGAACAGGAUGGGCGCUCUGUUCUUCAUCACCACUAACCAGUGUUUCAGUGCCCUGUCAUCUGCUGAGCUCUUCAUUACUGAACGUAAACUCUUUGUGCAUGAGUACAUUAGUGGAUAUUACAGAGUCUCCACUUACUUCCUGACUAAAAUCCUCUCUGACAUCCUCACCCUGCGCACUGUGCCUGCCAUCGUCUUCAGCUGUGUGGCAUACUUCAUGAUAGGUUUCAAGGCCACACCAGAUGCGUUCUUCAUCUUCAUGUUUUCGGUUGCCAUGGCAUCAUACACUGCAACUGCUAUGACAAUGGCCAUUUCAGCUGACCAGACCGUGGUCGCUAUCGCCAACAUCUUCAUGACUAUCAGCUUUGUCUUCAUGAUGAUUUUCUCAGGGUUGCUGGUGAACUUACCCAGUGUAGCUGGUUGGCUCUCCUGGGUCAAGUAUUUCAGUAUUCCUCGUUAUGCCCUGACAGCUCUUCAGAUUAAUGAGUUUAAGGGACUGAAUUUCUGUGAAGGCCUCCCUUCAGCAGCAAAUUGGCUCUUGUUGUGCACUGGUGAGGACUACCUGAAGAAUCAGGGUAUUGAUUACUCAAUCUGGGGCCUGUGGCAGAACCAUGUUGCCUUGGUGAUAAUGACUCUGAUAUUCUUGACCAUUGCGUACCUAAAACUCCGCUUCAUGAAGAAGUUCACAUAGAAAUAUGUACAUGCACACAUUUUCACUCAGAUACACUCAAAAAUAUUUCUUAACUGCUGAGAUUAAGCCUUUUAGUGGCUCACUGAGAACAGAAGUAUUCAUCUAGAUUUCUAUCGUCAAAAUUAUCUUGAAAUUCUUGUUUAGUUUAAUAGCGACAUUAUUUAUCGUUGAAAACAUUUUCAAAUGGUUUAAGACCAUCAGACUCUCAAACUUUGUUUAAAACAUAAGUAUUUUGAUAUGACAAAAUAAUUUGCAAUCUCUUCUUACAGAACAAAUUAUUUAAAUUGUUUCUACUUUUGAUGGUGUUAUUAAAGUGUGUCUUGUAGUUUUCCUCUAGAAUAUACUUUUUCAUACUUUUUUGUGAAGGCAUUGUUUUUUGUUUACUGUUUGCAAUUACAAAGUUUCCAUUA